AUGCCUGGAUCCGAUACGCCUACUCAUCCCCCGCGUUCUUCCUCCCUGACUCCUGCGGAUUCACAAAGCCCACGUCCGAGUUGCCUAACCGGCGCCAAGGAAGCGGUCAACACUUUCGAUGGUCUUGGGAGAGAGUGGGCUAUGUCUACUGCGACACAACACACUCUCUGGCAAGUUUGCGAGUUCUCGUGUACUGAUUUGACUCAACCGCUUCCUGCAGAACCUCAUCAAUAUCCACUUCCUUUCCAACGUCGUAUCUCCACUGCUAUAUUUUUCAAACCAACGCCGCGCAGUGCGCUGGUCUAG